ACUUUAUAUCCUGUUUAUGUGAGGAAAUGCCUCUGAAAAAAUGUGUACAGGUGACUUGGAUGUCAGUAAUUUCACCAGAGAAAAAACUAUUAUACUAGUUAACAAAGCUAGCAACUGGUACUGAAGUGCUAACAUUAGCUGCCGCUGAAACAUUUUGCUUGUUUGCUUGCUUGAGACAGGAUCUUGCUAUUCAGCCCAGGCUAGCCUUGAACUCCUGGUCCACCUGCCUAGUACCAGGAUUACACAGGUAGGCCACUAUACGGGGCUCCAGCUAACCACCUCCACGGGUGCAACUCCACCCCAUAGGUGUAGCUCAGAACGCCCCAGUGCAAACGUGCUGUCCUGAAGCUGUGAUAUGCCCCUGGGACAGGAUCUGAGGGCCCUCAGCUGUCAGUCCUCGUUAGAGAUUGUCCCAACUGCAGAAAAUUGUGUUACGCAAUGUCCUGCCUCUUCCCUGAAAAUUUCGCAUGCAGUGAAACAGUUCUAGGCCCUGGUAACCAAAAUACUGGCUGCCUUCCUGGAGCUGCGGCUCUGUUGAACCCACAACAAACAAGGUAAAUGCAUGGAAUACAAACCGAAGUGCAUUCACUAAUCAAGUACUAUGGAGAAAAAGUUGAGAAGGGAAAGGUAUGUCUUGGAGAUAGGAUGAGGAAUUCCACUUAGGGUGGACAGGGGUGAUUGCUAGGAGGGGGUCCCUGAUCAAGGCAUUGGAGUAAACACCUGAGGAAGACGAGGGAUGGCGCCUCCUGAACAUCUUUCAUUCCAUUCUCGCUCCCUCACCCCUGACUCUGACCCUUACAGUUUUACUUGUCUGAGUUCAAGGCUCACAGAUCAGAGAUUUAGCCCAGAUUUCUAGGUGACCCAGGGCAGCCAGUGGGGAAGCAAAUCCCCUGACACAGCUGCAAGAGUUUUCCACAGACGUCGGACUAGCCCUUCGCGCACCUGCGCAUGUCCAGGCAGGUGGGGCAGCCCGAGGCUUCAGAACGCGGCAGGUGCGCCUGCAGGUGUGUGGGUCCCGCCUCCGCGGCACCGCCCCCUCGGGGCGGGGUCACUUCCGGGCCAGUGGCCGGACAUGGGCGGCGGUUUACCGGGUGACGGUGGCUCUGCCCGAGGUCGGAUACGGAGUCCAGCGCGCCCCGCCGGACAUGGGGCCGCGUCCUCCCCGGCCUGCGCUGCGCUCGCCCUGCGCCCAGCUCUGCCCUCCUCCAGUCUGACGGAGCGGGGCAGCCAUGAGCGCCAACCCCCAGUGGGACGUCAGCCGGGCGCUGGGGGUGGCCAGGCUCUUCCAUCUGGUAUGUGGGGUCCGGGAUGCCUGCGUGACCCCGUUCCUCACGCUCUACCUGAGGCAGCUGGGCUUGGCCGCGCCCUGGGUGGGCAUCCUAAUGGGAAGCAAGCUCCUGGUCGCAGCCUGCUGGAGUCCCUUCUGUGCCUUCCUGGCCAAAAGCUGCCAGAAAAGGAGAGCAUUUCUGGUAGGCUCGCUGCUCGGCUCGGCGGGAGCCAGCCUCUUGAUGGUCCUGGUCCCGCCGCUGGACGGAGAUGUGCUGCACGGCUCUUGCAAUAAAAGCAGCGGCAUGACUGCCAGAGUCCUGCCACCAGGUGCCACGCUCACUGGGACCAUCCCCUCCCCGCGAGAUUCUGCCUCAACCCACCCCGCAGGGCUGCCCAGCCGCCCAGUCGGGAGGAAGCUGAAAGGUCAGGAAGCCUCAGACUUCACAGUUGGACCUGGAGAAAGUGAACAAGAAACUUUGGAGGGGCUGCGCUUAGUGAGCUCACCUGAAGGAGCUAGGACCGCACCCCACACUCUCCAACCCUUCACUUCAGGAGUGAAAGCCGAUCCCUGGGAAGGUGCUUCUGAGGCAGGCGCAGAAGCUGCCCUCCUCCUUCCCCAAGAGGCAGUGCUGGGCCGUCCAGCCAGUGCCUCGGAGGCCAAGGGGGAAGCCUUGUCCCUUGAGCUUUCCGAGGGCUUGCAGUGGACUUUCCUCCUCGCCUUGGGCUUCAUAGUGUCCUGGGAACUGCUGGCAGCCCCUCUGGAGCAGGUGGCUAGUGACAGCCUUUAUGAAUACCUAGAUUUUGUUGAUGCCUCUGACCGAUACGGAAGUCUGGGGCUCUGGAGGUUACUGGGCAUGGCAGCAGGUGUGUGUGGCAUCGCAGCCUUCAUGGGGCGACUGGACUGCUUCCUGAUGACAAGUGGCCCUCGGGGUGUGGUGUGCUUCUAUGGCUACGCACUGGUCAGCACCCUGGCCCUACUGGUGAGCACUACCUUUCCUGUCCCCACCUACCAGCAGCAGGAGCCUGGCUACAAAACCAUCAAAGCCCUGUCUCUCCUAGGGGGUGACCCCCACCUCUUCCUCCUGGCCCUCACAGUUCUUUUGGUAGGAGUUGUCACCAGUACAGUGCAGAACUUUCUCUUCUGGCACAUGGAGGAUCACGGCAGCAGUGAGCUGGUCAUGGGCUUCUCCGUGGCCCUCAGUUUGCUGGGGGAGAUUCUGCUCUACCCACUUAAGACCAUGUUGCUUCGAAAACUGUCCAGGGUGGGCGCAGUGGGGCUGGGCUUGGGAUGCCUCGCUGGGCAGCUGCUGUACUACUCUUUCCUCUGGAGCUGGUGGUCGGUCCUCCCUAUUCAGAUCCUGAGUGCCAUCAGCCAUGGGGUCUUGUGGUGGGCCGUGGAGGCCUCUGCGGAGGACUUGGCCACCCCUGGCAUGGAGAGGCCUCUGAGUACCAUGUUCCGGGGCCACUUCCACAGGGGCGGCUGCAGCCUGGGCAGUUUUGUGGGCGGUUUCCUGGCAAUGCGCUUCAGCCUGGUGGUACUGUACCGCACCUGCUGUGUGGGCCUGUUGCUCUGGCUGGCUGUGUUCCUCUCCAUCCAGCCCAGGCUGCCCCAAGAGCGGAAGAUCAACUACUCCAAGCUGCUGGCUGUGGACAGCAGCGACACCAGUGACUCUGAGCCGGGGUCAGAACGUGACUGGCUGGUUAAGGCCAUGAAAGAGGAGCCCUCAGACCGGAGGAGCUGAGAGCAGGUCACAGUGCACAGAUCUGGGAAGGAACUGGUGUGUUGGACAAAAUUCACUCUUCUGGGAACAGAAACCCACCCUGGGUUGCAAAGACCUUGGGGAUAGAAGGCACUACUAUUGUAAGGGCAUGAUUUUUUUUGACUUUUCUAGUGGAAGGUAAUCAGACAAUUUUGUCAUUAAAUCAUU